AUGGCGGACGACAACUCGACAUCGCCGACUGCCCCCGUGGCUCCUUCCCUUACAGUCAGCGCUGUAUUCAUCAUAUCAUACUUAUUAUUUUUGGUGAUCACGGCUUUGGCAGGAAACGGUUUGUUAAUAACAGUCAUCAUCAAAAGAGAACUUCUGCAAAAGGCUCACUAUUACUUUAUACUGAGUCUGGCGACUUCUGAUUUCUUGAACGCUCUGUUAAAAAUACCCACGACUAUUCUUGGACGUUUCGACAGAAAUUGGUACCCAAGCUACAUCGUUUGCUACUUCACUACUCCUCUUGGGGUACUUUUUGGGGCGGCGUCCGUGUUCAGUUUAUCAUCGGUGGCUAUCAAUAGAUACCUGGUAAUAUCGUCGCCUUUAAACUACUCUGAUCGAAUGCCGCCCUUCCUUGCGAAAGUCAUCUUAGCUCUGAUUUGGCUCGGGAGUUUUUGUCUUGCAAUUCCACCCGUAAUGUGGAGAGAAAAGGAUGCUAUCUGCCGAAGUGGAAGGAUUUCCAAAGAACAUUACACGUCAGAAGUACUUUACUUCUUUUUGGCGUUGUGGUUAUUCGUGAUCGUUAUUCCGUCAAUCAUUAUGUGCGUGUCAUACGUGAAGAUAUUCCUCAUAGCGCGAUAUCACGCGAUACAAAUUAACUCCCAGAAUAACGCCACUGUAAUGUGCCAGGAAACAAGAAAAAGGCGAAGAGACGUAAAAGCUGCAAUUGUAUUGGCAGUGAUCGGAGGAAUUUUUAUCCUCUGUUGGUUCCCUUUCUUUGUUGUACAAACGGUUCAUAAAUUUGGUCAAGGAAACAUCAGCCCUAUUUACUUCAACAUUUUUCUGUGCGUAAUGUAUUCAAACUCAGCAUUAGAUCCAGUUUUGUUGUUUUUGUUUAAUGCUGAGAUAAGGAGGAAUUUGAUACGACUAUACUGCAGGGCAUUCCAAAAGACAAAUCCACAGGUCACGCAGUCAGAACUUUCGUCUUUCUUAACCAGGCAGGCCAACGAAGAACUUACAAGGGGAAGUACGUGA